UUAUUAUUACUGUUUUGACUUGCCCUCCUCUUAUUUCCUCAUUAUUAUGAUUAUUAUUACUUCUACAUUGUCAUUCUUCAGGUUGCUAUUGUAGUAGUGUAUAUAAUAUAUGUGUAUAUAAUUUUUUUUCUCUUCUCAUUCAUGUACUCUGACCUGUCCACCCAGUUACCUUUACCUCAGUACCUGACUGUAUUGUUGUUAAGUUUUUUCAUCUGUUCUUUGUUGUUUUGUUUUCUUUGUAUGUUAUCCCAAUUUGUUUAACUCUUGCAUAUUCUAAUAAAUAAAUAAAAAGUUUUAUUUGAAAGCGUCAGUUACAAAUUGGCACUGGAUUUUGUAUCUCUACUUUGCAUGUACUUGAUCAAAAACGAGAUCAAUUGGCUUCUAACAUUGGCGUCCAAAAAAAAACAUGUCCAAAAUCCAUUAGAGCACAGUCCUGCUACCCAUUUAUAAACUUUUUUUUAUGCCAAUGUUGGAUGUCAAUUAGAUGUCGUUUUGAGGUAGUCAACUGACAUCAGAUUAAUUAGAAUUUCUGAUGUAUUUUAUGACAUGUUUUUGAUGUUUAGUUUGUGCCUUUUGGAAUGUGUGUGUGAUACAUAAAUUAUAACUAAAAACAGAUUUACAGCUCGGUGGAAAGAAGACUUAUCAAUAAAUAAUGACUUGUUCCUCAUAAUUGCUUAGAAGACACUUUAAAAUUGCUUUUGUGUGUGUGUGUGUGUGUGUGUGUGUGUGUGUGUGUGUCCAUUGUAAUCGUACAGAAAAGAGAAACAAGCAUAGUCUUCAAAAUAUCUCCUGUUUGGAACAAUUGAAGUAAUAUAAAUAUGAAAAUGAUUGAAUAGAAGCGAACUAGUUCUGUGACCAAAGUCUUUCUAUCAUCUUUUCUAUGCGAGAGAUGUUUCAUUUUUAACCUAGUUUCUCACAGAGGAUCUCAGUUUUUAAAUUCCAAGUCGUCUUUUUAGUAUGAGUCAGUGUUCAAUCCCCCCCAUGCUGAGAGCAGAGGCAAAUCUGCCAUCCCCUCAAAUAUGAUCCCUCAACAACAAAGAUCUGAGCAUGCUCAGUGGGGUCUGUGAUGCUGUUGCUAUAGGACUGUGGGGCUCAGAACCGCUGGGCUGGAGCAGGAGGAGGAGGGAGGCUGAGAGAAGCUCAUGAGCCGAGGAGUGCAGAGCAGAAAGAAGUGGGAUUAAACAGGAACUAUAUGAGAGAUGUUACCCGUUUCCUAUUUUUUUUAAUUUUCUUUGCUUAGACUCUGCUGAGUGGAUGUGGAGCAUUAGGUUGUGGCCAGGCGGUGUGUUUGCUCCAGUUACUGGCAGUGCAGACAGAAUGAGAGUGACUCUGUGCUGGCUCUAGGAUUGAUGGGGCUUCACGGAUGGAAUCUGUCUUGAAAGCAAUAAAAAUGCAGGCAUCUGAGGUUACAAGAGAUUCUGCUGAUGCUUGUGUUCACGCUGUUUAUGUCACUUAGCCAUCCUGUCAUGCAAGGACUGAUUUGAAGGUUGAAGUGCUGGUGCUUAGAAAAUGGACGUCUCCCCAAAGUCAGGAGAAACUCUGAUUGUGUGCCGCAUCCACGGCCAGUCUUUUGGGUGGCACCUAUGUAACUUGGUACAGACAUCCAGGCGGCCACGCUCUUUGAAUUUGACCCACAGUUUAUCAUUACCUGAGAGAGGCAAUCUUCCAAGGGAAGCUCUUGACUUUGGCUGUCUAAAUCACAUCAGCAAGUCGAGUUCAACAGAAAGAGCAGAUAAGAAGGGGACUGAAAAUUCAAGAGGAUAUGAAUCAUCCCCAAUGCUUUGGGUUUUGUCAGAGGACUCUCCAUUGACCAGUCCUCCGCUUAAAAAAGAGGCAUUGCAUCGUAGAUGUACUCCCAGAUGGCAAAACCUCUUCAUCCCUGAAGCAGAAGUGAAUGAGGAUGAAGAGGAUGAGGACUCAGAUGGGGACAACUUGCACAAGUACCAUGAAGGGUCAUCCCUUCAACUACAAGGAAACGUUACUCAAGGUAGUAUGGAUCCUUCGAGCCAAGCCAAAGAAAACAAAGAUCAAGGUUGCAGUGAUAGCAAAGGAACCCCUGUAUUAAUGGACUGUGAUGAACAGGAUUGGGGAGAUGAGGAACACUUUAGCAAUCAUUCUCUUGAGGAACCUGAUCAUUGCUGUCCUCCAACUGAAAACCUUAUCAAAUCCAUUAGUCAAAACCAAACAGACUAUAUCACUGACUCUUCCUGCAACAGUUCAGAUGGAGUACUAGUUAACUUCAGUGCCAUCUACAACAAAACCAACAAUGCCGUUCCGGCUGCUCCAUUUAACCUAGAUAGUCCUGUUGGUGGACCAUGUACAGUGUUACAAGACAGUUCAAAACCUUUGCCCAGUUGGUCAUCUCACAACAUUGAUCCAAACUGCAACAUCUUUCCAUCAAACUCUGAAUCCAUUCCAUCAAUAGAAAUGUCUGACCUUACCUUGUGUCUGCAGAGUCAGGCACGUUUAGCAGGUUCCACUCAGAAUUACUAUAAACUGGUGACGUGUGACCUAUCAUCCCAGUCUUCACCUAGCCCACCUUGGUCCUCUUUGACCAGUUUUUCUGAGACUCAAAGCCAGGGAAGCUGUUCUCCACCUUCUGAAUAUUUCCUCUUUGAACAUUCAGAGGAAGAGAAAAGAGAGAUGCGGAAGGCUGACCAAAGUGAACAUCAGAGUGAUGGGAACAUUCAAAUGAAGAAUUCCAAACAUGCCUCAAAGGACCAAACUAAACCAACAAAAGAGAGAAUGAAACCCUGUCAGGCUGCCUCCAGAGAAAAGGAUAAUCGUAAUUCUUUGAAGACUCCUCAGUCUCAGAGCUGGAUUGGCAGCCAUAAAUGUACCUUAUCAACACUGGGAGCCUUACAAAACAGCUGCCCCUGCCAUUUAGACACAGGCUUAUCUUCACCUUCGUCUAGGCAACAUGCCACCUCUUUUGCAGAAAUUGCCAGUUGUAAGAAAGGAAUUGGAGAAUCUUAUUUAAAAUUGACCACAGAUGAUCCAUCAAGUUCAAGUUUCAUCCAUGAGAUCACCUCCAUCCAGAAACAGCUUGACUCAGAGAUGAUAACAAAUACGAGUGCUGACAGCUGUAUUUACUCCACUCCACAAGGUGCAUGUGCUUCAUCUCCAGAAGUUGUGCGAUACACUAAAGCACAAAGGCCCAACUUUCUCCCCAUCCAACCCUUUGUGCUUCAGGCACCCUCAGGAAAGCAACAGAGCAAGGCACUUGGGUCCCUUCUUAAUCAGUACAUCAGCCACAAAUACAGCAACCCUGGGCCAUCCAAAGCAUGCAAAAGCAAGGCAACUCCCUACCAUUUGCAACCUUCUUCUCUCGAUAGCUCCUCUACUAUCUAUCUGGAAGCAGUGACCAGUUCAGACACUUGUUCUACCUGCACAUCAAGUCCUAUUUUGCCCAAUAAUUGCCCCCCAUGUACUCAGCCCUGCACCCUGCUGGGGCUCAUUCACCAGGACUUGAUGAAUAGAAAUCCACUUAUGAGUCAGAAUAGAAGAUCAAGAACUCCGGAGCAAUCCGAUGAUAGUCCAAAGCCCUGCUCAAGUCAAACAUUAUUAAGCCAAAAACAAUUAUAUUCUGGACAAAGGGGUUCUGAGAAUUGUCUUGCUGAGCAGAUGCCCCUUGUACAAACACAGACUAAUUCAGUACUAAAAAAGGAGACUACAUGUUCGCCAGAUGCAUCUCAUUCUUUACAUCAAAGCUCCUCCCCUGCCAUCACUUCAGUCACCUCCUUAACCUCUAUUAACUCCCUCAUCUCUCUGUCCACCACUGGAUGGAAAUCCAAUGAAGAUGUCACCACCAAUACUUACCACAUCUUUGGGCCAAAAGAGUCACCUUGUGUUAUGAGGGAACAUCAACAUGGUGACUCAUUCUCUAUGACUGACAACCCCCCUGAGCAGUUCAGUCUCUCACCAGAAGACCCUUCAGAUCUACUUUCAAUAGAUCUUCUUCACAAGAGAAGUAUGUUGAAAGCUGUGAGUUUGGCAGUGAAUGAUAUAACAGCACACUUUAACUCAAGACGAGAUCCAGAAGAAAAGAUCAGACUAGGAAAUAGUUUACUGUGCUCCACUAUCAACCAUCUUGUCCUUAAACAGCUUUACCCCAGAAUCCAGAACAUCCUUCAAGAUGGUUUAAAAGCCUAUACAUUGGAUUUGAUUAUUGGACAAAGACGUAACAAACUAUGGAACGUCAUUGAGGCCACGGCACAACCAGGCUCAUCUACCCGACUGCCUGACAGCUUGGUGUCUGUUGUAAAAAGAUGUUCCCAUAUACCAAGUCACAAGCGGCUCAGUGUUUUCUUCACAGAUCUGCUAAAUUUGCGUGCGUUGGAGUUCUGGAUCCAUCAUUUAUACACUUCCAUUGGUAGGUACUGCAUUAUAAUAUUUAGAGGUGAAAAGAAUAUGUUUGUUAUCUCUGUCCAGAUACUUAUGAUUUUUAUACUCGGUUCUUUCCAAGAUGUUGUUACAGAACACUACUACCAAUGGGGAUUCUUAGCUCUGGCCCAGGGGCCCACUUAUGGACCACUUUUCCAGGAAAUGCUUCUUUUGCUGCAGCCACUUUCCCUGCUUCCAUUUGACCUCCACCUUCCAUUCCAAACUAACCUUCAAUGUAAGGAAAAAUCAAAACAAAGAGGAUCCCUAUCUCAUCACCUUCUAGCCCAGUCAGCUCAAAUCCUUCAGAUGAGCUCUAUCCAGACAACCAGCAAGAGUGCAACAGGUCACAGUGAUGCCAGCAAAAUGGCCAGAUUUAAAGAGACACAGUGUGUAAUACAGAAGAAAGAAGAUGAAGCAGCUGAAAAGCAAAACAGUGAAAUGGCCCAAUCUUCAAGUCUUCUGGAGGAUAAACACUUGAGUGAGCUAAAAUGGGCCAGACUCUUUGGCUCUGGAGUCUCUAAAACGCCAGUUUGGCCUGAAAAGUCCCAAAAAAAUCUUACUAGGAGGCCAUCAGAAUGGCUGAAGCUUGGUGCAUCAAAAGUGGAUCUGUUUGCUCAGUCAGUGUGGACAAGAAAAUGGCCAGAGCAGUAACCAUGACAGAGACACAUGCAGCAGAUAAGGAUGAAAUAUUACCUCUAAAGUGCUCCCAAGGAAUAUUGGCACAACUAAUUCAAAAUUCAAAUCAGCUGAAGGACAUUUUAACUUUAUAAUAUGGGGCUAUUAAAGGCUUGAUUCUGAUUGGUUGAUCAGAAUCAAAUGCUAAGGUUUGUGAUUGUUUUCAAGAUAAUUCACAGCUAAAGUAGUUCCUGGCAGGUUUUGCUGAUAAUAACGUUCCACCAAACUUCUGCCAGAUUUUUUCAAUUAUUUUAAAGAUUCUUACACACAAACAUCCUGACCAAGCAAAUAAAUAUAUUACACAAUAGUAUAAAAAUGAAUAAUUACUUCCUGUAAUUCUGUAUUUUUAUGAUACCUACUCUCCUUUUCCCACUCUAUCUCCCAUACAAGCACGCAUACAUACAUUACAGAUAUGCCUUCUCUUGCAGAGGGACGUGCUUUCAGUGCUGCCUCGUGACUUUAUCAAUAAUGUAGUUUUAGAACGAAAAAUCUACUUUGCAAUUCAGUUGCAACAACUACCAGUACUGUUGAAAACCCAGAGACUCAGGUAAUUUACACAUAAAUCACUCUCUCUUUUAUCGGAGGAUCAAAUAUCCAUUAUAAACUCUGAAAUGUUUUGGAAUUAGCAACUGAGUAAUGAAAUACUAUCCAUGGGAAAUUAAUCUAAUCCUACAAAGAAAAUUUUAAGAGUCAAACCCUAAAAAAUAUUUUGAAAUAAAUAAGCUGGAUAGAGUCUUUAAGUUUGGUAACAAUAGUAUACAUGUACUGUACACUAGGUGAAAUAAUUGACUGCGGGCCGUUGAAUUAUUAGUAAAUAAUCCACAUCAAUAAAUAAAGUUCACUCUUUUUUCCGUUAUUAUUUAUAACAGGGGUGUUCAAACACUUUAAGGACCGGUGUCCUGCAGAUUUUUAGCUCCAACUAGCCUCAACACAUCUGCAAGGAUGUUUCUAGAAAGCUUAGUAAGAGCUUGAUUAGCUAGCCCAGGUGAGUCUGAUUGGGGUUGAAACUAAACUUUGCAGGACACCGGCCCUCCAGGACCGAGUUUAGACAUGCCUGAUUCAUAAUAUAGUCAAGAAAUGCUCCAGUGUAAAAUGCAAUUGCACCAAUUUCGUUUCUGGACAGAAUGUUGCCUUAGUGAUUUACCAAUCAGGUGAAUUUGUAUUAUAACUUAGUCUUUAAAAGUACCAAAAUAUUCACCUCUAAACUGUAAGCCAUGGUGUGAUGAAGGUUUUUUAGAUUGAAUUUUUAACAUAGCUAAAGUAAUAGUACACAGUAUAUAACAAAGACAGACAUAAUCUUUUAACAAUUAAGCACAAAACUGGAGUUGAGGUCCCCAGAGGGGUUUACCCAACAGCCCCUGCACUUUAUCUCUGUCUCAGGUCAUUGUAAUUCUGGUCAUAUCCUUUCUCCUGUUGAACUAUGUGGCUUUAUGAAAGGUAAAUUUCCUCAUGGUCUGUUUGAAAUCAUUUCUAUAACAGAAAAUUAAUUUCCACGCAUGAUACAACUGCUUAAAUAUCUAAGCAUGACAAAACAAUAAUUUAACAUUUUCAGUAUUCAGUAAAUUACAGCCGCUGGUUUUAUUGCAAUUUUGCACAAUAAAAUCUACUAAAUAUUGCUAUUUUCUUUGAUCAAAAGUGCAUGCUGAGUACUUAUACUGUGUUUUGCUGCUUUAAUGAAGUAGUGAUAUUUGUUGAUAAAUACAUUUGUCCAAGUGUGACCCGUGAUGUUAGUGAUACCAAAAAAGAGUUCAUUAACAGUUUGAUUUUGAGUGUUUUAACAUAUUUUUUUUCUUAUUUCCUGAUGAAGUUGUGCCUGAUUGAACCCUUGUGAUAAUAAAGAUUUGUUGAGUCAUCA